AUGUGUGACUGCAAGGACAGUUUACAUAUUGACAGGCAACUGCGUCAGAGAACGUUGGAGAAAUGGAAGAAAAUUGCCCCAGUCUCUGAUAAUUAUGAUGGUGGUGUUGAUGAUGGUGAUGAUUAUGAUGAUGGUGACGAUGAUGCCUGUGACAACAGUUCUAAAACCAGAGACAAGCCCUACCACUGCUUAGACUGUGCACAACUAAGAAGUCACAUGAAAGUGCAUGCCGGGGAAAAGCCUCACCUCUGCACCGACUGUGGGAAACUAUUCCAGUCGUUACACGCGUUUGAAAGACACCAGCAGAAACAUGCUAGAAAGAUGCUUCACCAAUGCUCAGACUGUGGUAAAGGUUUUACCAGAGCCUAUCACUUGAGAAGACACCAGCAUACACAUAAAGAGAAGUCUAAUCACUGCUCUGAUUGUGGUAAGAGCUUCACUCGAUUGGAACAUCUAAAAAGACACCAGCGGAAACACAAGGAAAAGACACGUUACCACUGCUCUAUGUGUGAGGAGAAGUUCUCUACACAGGCAAUGUUAAAUAGUCACCUGCAGGUACAUGUUGGAGAGCUACCUCACCAUUGCUCUGACUGUGGAAAGGCGUUCUCAGACAAAAGACAAUUUGACAUCCACCAGAAAAGACAUCAGCGAAAAACUGUAAAAAAGACGUCUUACCUUUGCAGUGACUGUGGAAUGACUUUCAGCAAGCCAAGCACAUUUAAGGUGCACCAGAGAUCUCACACAGGAGAAAAACCAUACAGCUGCUCAGAGUGUGGGAAGAGUUUUGUCCAGUCCACCACACUCGGGAUCCACCUCCAGUGGCACGCUGGGGCGAGGGCCAGCUACUCCUGCCCUGUCUGUGGGAAGACUUUCUCUCGCUCUAACAGUGUGAAGAGACAUCAGAUGGUUCACACAGGAGAGAGACCUCAUGAGUGUCCCUGCUGUGGGAAACGCUGCUUCCGACGGAGUAUUCUGAUCAUACAUGUGAGGAGUCACACUGGAGAUAAACCAUAUGUUUGUUCUGAGUGUGGGAAGAGGUUCUCCCAAGAUGGCGACCGGAAACGACACCACCCUGACCUCUGA